AUGAGCGUGGGCUCCCACCAGGAGGCGGCGUGCACGCUGCUGGUGGGCUGCGAUGGCGGCGGCGUGAAUUCGAAGGAGCUGAAGGCGGCGCUGGAAAAGGGGGACAUGGCGGCCCGCGCGGAGGCGCUGGAGGCGAUGAUUAGGCUCCACCUGAACGGCGAGCCGCAGAACCACAUGAUCAUGUCCGUCAUAAAGUACAUCACGCCGCUGGAGGACCACCUGGUCAAGAAGCUGGUGCUUUACUUCUGGGAGGUCGUGGAGAAGACGGACAAGACUGGGCGGCUGCUGAGCGAGAUGAUUCUGAUCUGCUCCUUCCUCCGCGAGGAUCUGCUGCACCCGAACGAGUACGUGCGGGGUCUCACCCUGCGGUUUCUCUGCAAGGUGAAGGAGAAGGAGCUGAUUGAGCCGCUCAUCUCGUCGGUGGUGCAGAACCUGACGCACCGCGUGACGUAUGUGCGCCGCAGCGCCGUCCUGGCGGUGCACGCCAUCUGCAAGCGGUUUCCGGACCUCCUCCCCGACGCGCCGGAGUUGGUUGAGAAAUUCAUUGGUGACGAGAAUGACGUCUCGGCGCGGCGAAACGCGUUUGACAUGCUGGUCGAGUGCGCCCCCGAGCGGGCUGUGCGGUUCCUAACGGCCUUUCGUGAGUCGGCAAACAUGGCGGAUGCGGGUGCGGCGUUUCAGAUGUCGGUGGUGGACUUUGCGCGGAAGAUGAUACGCGCGAAUCCCUACGACAAGGCGAAAUAUGUGGCCGUCCUCUUCAGCGUGUUGCAGUCGAAGGAUCCGGCGGUGCGCUACCAGUGCGCCGCCACGCUGCUGAGCCUUUCUUCCUCCCCUACCGCGAUUCGGCAGGCCGCCUUGACGUUCAUUGACCUGCUGAAGACGCACUCGGACAACAGUGUGCGGCUUAUCGUGGUGGAUCAGCUGGACGGCAUGCGGGCGAGAUUUGGCGAGAUUCUGCAGGACUCCCUCAUGGACGUGAUGAGUGUGCUGGCAAACAGCACCACUGAGAUCUCCAAGAAGGUGGUGGCGCUGGCGGUGGAGCUUGUCUCCAGCAAGAACGUUGAGGUCUUUCUGCAGGCCAUAAAAAAGGAGCUGCUGAGGUCGCAGAGCGAGGGAGACGUCUUGGAUCAGUCCUCGAUGCAGGAGUAUAAACAGCUGCUGCUUCGCGCCAUUCGCACUUCCGUCCUUCGCCAGCCACACAUGGCCGCCGCCGUGCUGCCCAUGAUGAUGGAUUACAUAUGUGACCCCUCCAAUGGCAGCUGCGAGGUCAUUUUGUUCAUACGGGAGGUUCUGCAGGUGCAGCCCGCGCUGCGGGCCGGGGCCCUGAAGCAGCUGCUUGAGGUCUUCCCCCUCAUCACCUCCCCGCGGGUGCUGCGGACGGUUCUCUGGCUCUUUGGCGCACACGUCUCCUCGGCGGCGGAGGUGCUGGCGGUGCUCACGCUGCUGGUCACAGCGCUGAAGCCGCUGCCUCUCACCCCUCCGCCUCAACCGGCCGCCGCCGCCGCCGCCGCCGCCAACGGAGACGCGGCCGCGGCCGCGGCACGAUCCCCCGUCAUGCGGGCCGUGACGACGGUGAGGGAGGACGGCACAUACGUCACGUCCUACACAGCCGUCCCGGCAGGCGUGAUCGCGGCGGAUGCGGCUGAGGACGCCGGCGAGGCGCCCACCGGCCUACGCGGCCUCAUCACGAAGGGAGAUUACUUUGUUGCCUCCGCGCUUGCCAGCACCCUGGCCAAGCUCGUUAUUCGCAUGUUCACGGACCACGGCAGCACCGUGGACGUGGCGGUGAAGGGCAAGGCGCAGGACGAUGCGCUGCUGCUGCUGCACGAGGUGAUCCGCUACGGCACCGCCCCCGACGCGGCGUACGCGGUGGACGAGGAUUCCCACGAGCAUAUUCGUUUGUGCAUCAUUGCCAUUGCGAACCCGCAGUCGCCGUUUCUGCAGUCUUUUGUGGAGGACUCCAACAGGGCGCUGAACGCGGUGGAGAGCAGCGUAGUCGGCACCGUCGUCGGGGAGGCGCUUCCCGGCGACGCAGCCAGGGCGAAGGGGUUGACGGCGCUCUGCAGCAUCGACACCCCAGUCAUCUUUACGCAGUUGGCUCAAGGGAAGGACGCCUUUCUGGAGCUGGAGGCCACGGAUGACUUGGGUUCCGCCGUCGCGAACGCCUCCAUUGAAAAGACGGAGGAGUUCCUCAAGCGCCUGGAGAAGACCCUGCCCCUAUCCGGCUUCUGCGACCCGGUGUACUGCGAGGCAAGUGUGACGGUGCACCAGUUCGACGUCUCUGUCGACUGGUACCUUGUGAACCGCACUCCGCAUCUGCUGCGGGACCUAACCAUUGAACUGGCCUCGCUGGGCGGCAUGAAGUUGUGCGAGCGGCCGCAGGUGCACACGCUGGCCCCCCACGCCUCCCUCAAGCUCCGCACGGCGCUCAAGGUGAACUCCACGGAGACGGGCGUCAUCUACGCCAGUGUCCUCUACGACGCCCCCAACGGCGAACGCGCCUGCGUCACGCUGAACGACGUCCACGUGGACAUCAUGGACUACAUUAAACCCGCCUCGUGCCUGGCGACGGACUUCCGCGAGAAGUGGAGCACGUUUGACUGGGAGAACACCAUCGUCGUGAACACGGCGAGGACGGAGCUUCGCGACUACGUGGAGUUUGUGAUGAAGGAGACAAACAUGCAGCUGCUGGAGCCGUACCAGGAAGUGGAAGAGGAGGAACUGCAGGGUCUCUCGCCUGCGGACGAGAAUGACGGCUACGGCUACGUCUCGUGUAGUCUCUACGCCCGCACCGUCUUUGGCGAGGACGCGCUGGCGAACGUGUCGAUCGAGCGGGACGCGCAGGGCAAGAUCAGUGGUGUGGUGCGCAUUCGCUCCAACACGCAGUCCAUUGCGUACGGCAUAGGGGAGAAGCUCAGCCUACUCGAGAAGGGAAUAAGUAAGUAG